AUGGGCCUAGUUCAUUGCCUAAUGCUUCAUCAAAAGCCUUUUGUAAUUUUUUUGGGUCUUCUUUCAGGUAACAACAUAAAUACGCCAAGUUGUAUCAUCUUCUUUAAGGUUUUGACCCCAGAAUAUGUUCACAAUGUUGUCACUCGCAUACAACUGGUAGAGGCGACUCUCGAGACUAUCACUCCAAGGAACCGUUGGAAGUUCGGGUGGUUUGAUAAUGAUGUGAAUAUACCCUUCAAGCGGUUUUUCAGUGAAGUAGCUACUAAUUUCCCUAAAGAAGUUGAUCCUCUUUACGAGUCUCAGCCUCUCAGACACACAAACAUUAGACGGAUUCAACUAAACGAUCCUGCCUACUUUAAAACUGACCUCGAAUGGUCUUUGAUUAAUUUUUUACUUUACCGCCAACAAUGUAGUGACUUUCUGCCUAGCAAAUUAGCUGAACACGAUCGAUAUGCUCGCAAUUUAACAAACAUGAUAAACUGGGAGAAUGAACCGGUGAAUCUAACGGGCGAGCAGGGCGUUUAUUUCAUUCCAAGAGGAGCAUGCUACCGCCGUUGUGAAUUUAACUUCUCAACAAGACCGAAUCAUACGAGAAAAGUUCACCAAGACAUCUCGAGAAUUCGGACACAGAUGAUGAUCGUUCACACAAACGUCAACGUGGACAACAGAAUGAAGACGAAAUUCAUCAACCCGCUACUCCGAAAAAUAAGCAUUAUUCGGGACUACAUCGAUUUGGUCGAAUCAUUGGAGUUAUUAAUAGAUAAAUUGGAUGGAGAGUUGAAAUCAUUUGUUGCAAUUAUCGAGAUUGUGAGUAGGUGGAAAAUAAUUAACGAAGAGAAGUGGUUAGAAAGUUCAAAAAACAAGGGGGCGUGCAAUUUUGACGAGCCCGAACACGGUGUCCAGAGUUGUGACAUGUGUCCAGGAAAAAGUGUCUUCUUUGGAGUUGUAUUUCAAAUAUGUAUUAACAAAGCAUUGUGCGCGUCUGUCACACGGUCAUUUUAUAUUAGUAAAAACAAUGCAUUUAAUGAGAUAAGUCAUAGUAGUGUUGUAGAUCAAGUUAAAGCGGAAUUUGAAAAUUUAAAAAAGAGACCGAAAAAUUAA